GGAAAUCAGUUGCAAAGGCCAGGUGGGGAUCUCCUAUUGAUAAUUCUAUCUGCCCCAACUCCCUCUACCCCACCUCAUCAACCAAACGCCUCCACCUGCCUCUUAACCAUUUCCUCUAAGUUUGGCCUUUGAUUAGCAUAAUAGGUUAUCAUGUCCAAAACUCUGGCGGUGCUGGGCAUGGACGGCGCGGGGAAGAAGACGCUGGUCGGCAAUCUGAUCUCCCGGGGGGGUGGCAUCGAUCCGAACAAACCGGGGCUGUUAGAAGCCAAGACCGGCCGGCAAUAUACAGAUAUUGUGCUGCACUUUGAGGAGAACAACAUUCCAAAGACGUUCAAUGCCCCGUCCGGUUCAGUGGUAGUUGAAAACACUAACACGCCAGAAAUUCUGAUCUGGGUUGUAGAUAUCGCCAGCCCAGACCACGGCAAGGAGUCCGGCUCUAAACUAGCCGAGCUCAUCACUAGCGGGCUGGCUCCCAAGGAGAAACUACUCAUCGCCCUCAAUAAGAUGUACGCGUACCCACAUCACCGCAUUCCAUCCCAACACGCACUGACCCCAAGUGUAGGGACCUAGUGAACUGGUCGGAAUGGGUCAUUGCGGUGACAUUGGGUUCCUUCGACAAUAUCGCUCUCAAACAGGCACAAGGCCGCUAUAUCAUUCCCAUAUCGGCAAUGGGAGGCGGUAACAUCACUGAGGAAGCAAAGUACCACCCCCCGUCAAAAGGGGGCAUCCCUUGGCCCAAGGAACUGGAAUACAAGACCCUGAUGGA